ACAGUUCUUGUUCCUUCCCCAUUUCACUUAUUUCUUGUUUUCCAUUUUUCCUUCAUCUUAGUAAGGCUGCCAGGCGCCAGCAACCAAUACGGCAGGCCUCACGGCGCACCAGCGGUACAGGCGCACGACCUUGUCUUCUUCUCCGCAGCCAGCAACCAACAACCUUAUGUCCUCACCUAAAAUAUCAGUUGAUGGAAGUCCCCAACAAGUGAAAGCAAAGCAAGGUGUUUCAGCAAGAAAUAGAAGGACUAAUGGCACUAAGGCCGUAUCAAAAUCCAAGGUAACAACUAAUCCAGCAGCUACUCCGCAAUCUUUGCAGCCUGUCCCUGAUCUGUGGCUGGAGGCUAAAAAGACAGCUGAGGAGAAUUCACGGAUAUUUGCUGGAAAACAAAUACACCCAUUUUUUUCCUCAUGGAAGGUAGGUAAAAAAGAUUUGGAGGGAAUUGAGGUGGUGAAUAAUGGGUGCUUGGGUAAACAAAAAGAGAGAAAUGUUGAGCUUGCUCCUGUUCACGUGUUUGAAAAUGAUAAGGAUAAUUUUGAACUCAUUGAUUGGUGCAAUUGGACCUUUGAUGAUGAGGUCUUCGGUAAGACAACCUGUAAUGAAGAAAUCAAAAUUUCUUCUUUUGAAGGAACUAUUACUUCUUUAAAAUUUGAUGGUACUCUAAGCGGUUCAAAAUUUGUCACUCCUAUAAUUAUUGAUGAAGAAUUAACUGCAAAUGACCCAUUUCAGAACAUGGAGAAGGACUUGGAAGUGAGCAAGGUUUGUACUCAUGACACUGCUGGCUACGUCAGCUCACAACUUGUUGAGCAGAUAAAUGCUGCCCCACUAGAAAGUGUAAUGUCCUACUAUCUCAAUCGUGGUAAUUAUUCGGAGAAUAGCUUGUGGACAAACAAAUAUCAUCCAGAAAAGGCGUCCCAGGUUUGUGGUAACAUGGAGGCUGUGAAAUUUAUAAAAGACUGGCUACAGCUUUGGCAUUCAAUGGAUUUUCGUUCUAGGAAAAGUUCUUACUCUGAUGACAAACAUUUGAUAAAAGACCAAGAAUAUGGCUCAUGUGAUAGUGAUUCCGAUGCAGAAUACGAGGAAGUAGCUGGCUUGAAAAAUGUCCUUUUGGUAACAGGGCCUGUUGGGAGUGGAAAAUCAGCAGCCAUUUAUGCUUGUGCAGAAGAGCAAGGUUUCCAAGUCAUUGAGGGACAUAAAAAGGUACUUUUGCAUGUUGUGUGGAAUCAUCGUUGUAGAAUUUGGAAAAGGUACCAAAUUAUCCCUAAGGUUAAUGCAUCAGACUGGCGAAAUGGAGCUCUUCUUAAGCAAAAGUUUGGAGAAGCUGUAGGUUCGCAUUGCAUGAAGCGGUCUCAAGAAAGUCCUAGUAAGCACAACUUCAGGUCUUCACCAGUAUCUACAAACGGAGUUGUUGUACAAUAUUUGAACAAUAGUUUAGUUGAAGUGAUAUCUCUUUUAGAAGAGGGUGAUGAUGUGAGUGAUGUUAAAACUCAAAACCGUAAUAGCAGUGGACUCUCUUGUGACAAAGGUGACAUCAAAACCUUGAUACUUUUCGAGGAUGUGGAUGUUACUUUAUGCGAUGAUCGUGGGUUUAUUUCUACCAUACAACAACUUGCUGAUACAGGAAAACGGCCAAUGAUAUUGACCAGUAAUAAUGAAAACCCGCCACUGCCAGACAAUUUGGAUAGAGAAAAAGUGUGCUUCACUAUGCCAUCAGUAAAGGAGCUGGCUUACCAUAUAUAUCUGAUCUGUUCUGCUGAGAAAGCCAACAUACAGCCCGAUCUCAUUGAGAGAUGUGUCAAAUUUUGCAGAGGUGACAUUCGUAAGACUUUGAUGCAUCUUCAAUUUUGGUGCCAAAACAAACAAAGCACUAAAGAGGGGAAAUUGCAAAAUGGAUCUUGUCCUUUGAUGUUCGAUCUCAAAGCUGGAUACCGUAUAUUGCCUAAACUGAUUCCUUGGGAGUUGCCUUCUUCACUAUCUGAGUUUAUUGAAGCAGAGGUUGCCAAAUCAUUGAGCAGAUUGGACGGAAGUCAUUGCUUGUUAGGAGUUAUUGAGGAAGAAGAGGUUGGCAAUAUCAAUGUGGAUGAUACACUCAAGUUAGGUAUAGGUGAAAAAGCUAGCAUUGAGGCAAAAAAGGAAGAAAUUUUAAGCAGAAACUGCUCUUUACAAGUAGACUAUGAUAUUAUAGCAUUCAACAAUACAUGUGAGUUCUCCAACACUUCAGGAUCUCCAGUAGCAUUCACUCGUCGUAAUAAACGUAGAAAAUCAGAUACUGUGCUGUCAGAUUCUGAAGAUGAGACCUGCAAUCAUGAUAAUCUUGCUGUUUCAGGCAAUUUAUCCUGUGAUUAUAGUGAUGCUUUAAUCCCUGCAGUUCAUCCACAGUUUCCAGUCAUUCAAUCGGCUUUACAGGGGAGUUCACAUGAGCAUGGUGCGCAGUUACUUCACUCUGAAGCAAUGAAAGUAGAAUCAGCUGUCCACCAGUCCUCAGAAACAGCACAUGUCAAUCAUAUUAACUUUUUUGCUGCGGAUAAUAUAUCCAACCAAUUCACUAGCCCUUUUUUACUCUGUGCUGAACAAAAGCAUCAGCAUUCAGAAUUUGGACAUGGUAUUGGAAGUACUUAUGGGCCCACCAGUGAGUCUUUGAACCUUUUUAAUAGUCUGCUAGUAAAUGCCAGGGAUGGAAGUAUGGCAGCUAACGUAAGUCAAUCUCUGUCAGUGAACCAUCAAUCCAGACACCAGUUGGCUGAUCAACCUUUUCAUGGUGGAGGAGAAAAUGGAGAGGAAAUAGAGACAGCAAAUGCAACAAAUCUGUGUUUGAACCUGGUGCAACAAUGUGGAGAGGCUAAGACGACAGUACAGAGAAUCCUGUUUCCACACCCAGAACAUGCUGAUCCAAUAGAUAGUCCAAGGAAUCAAUCAACUGGGCAACUCAUUAAACGCAUGAAGACUAGCAUGACAGAACCCCAAAAAUGUCUCGAUGCAAUCGGAGAUGUAAGUUUUGGUGGUGUCGGAGCAGCUGAUGCCUCUUUGAACCCAUUGUUUGACCAGUUACUUAGCUGUAGCAGGACAAAGGUGGAGAAAAGUCGGCAGCAAAGUGGAGAAACAGGAAAUCUCAAUCCUCUUUGCUAUACAGCUCUGGGUGACUUUCUGAACCCUUCCAAUGGCCAGCUGUUUCAUUUUGUGGAGCCUAAAGAGAAGGAAAUCCUGCGGCAACAUGCACUGGAAGAUGAUAUAAAUCACAACAAUAGUGCAGCUGUAGAUGGUCCCUUGUUACAACUGAGUGACCAAUUCUGUGGAAUAGUGAAUCCAGAGAAAAGCCAACAGCAGCAUCCAGAAAUAGCUAAUGUAAAACAAGAUGAUAAUUUGACACUGACAAGUGAGCAAUUAAAUAGCCAAGAGGAAAAAACAGAAAGAAUCAAAAAUCAACUGCCUGAUAUGGCUAUUGUUGAUCUCAUAGGUUGUCCAGUAGCCAAUAAUUAUCUGAAUCCAGUAGAUGGGAAAGUACAGCAGAUUAUUCAAACAAGAGCAGAGGAGCACCAGAGCCAGAAUUCAGAUAGUACAAAUGUUAAUCUUGUAAUUGAUCAGUGCCAGUCAGUUGACAUGUCGUAUGUACCAGAGUCAACUUUUGUUCCAGAGACUGAAUUAAAUGAUGGAACAGACUGUCGAUCAGGAACAGAUCUGAUAGAAUUUGUGUCACCAAUUUCUGUUGACCAUUUUGAACCUUCAAUUCUUGGGAAUGAAGUUUAUAAACCUUGUGGUGUUGACUUAAAUUUGACUGCUAGAGAUGAGGAAAUGGGAGAUUCUCAAAGUGAAAGAGACCAAUUGGAGCUCAGCACUUCUAGGUGUCCGGUGAUGGAUGAGUGCAGUCGUAUGGAUUUCUCCAAGACAUUUAAUAGCUUUAACAACUCUUCAUUGGGUGUAAAAAAUCCUGUUCAGGAAAAGUGGAAUGAACUUCGGCAGACAGAUUUGAGCCAGUAUACUAUCUCGGAGAAUAAAAAUGCGCUCCAACUUUUGGAGCUGAGUUAUAGGAUGAGCAAUCUUGUUUCAGAGGGUGAAAUUUUACGUCAAGAUCGUGAAUUCAUAAUCAAUGAUUUGACCGGUCAGGAGACAGGUCUUAGUGAGGAAACUUAUAUUUGUGGGUGCCAUGAUCGCCAAGUACAUAUGGCAUUUUCAAUAGCAGAAUAUGGCUAUUUCUCGUUUGCAAAAGAUAUCUAUGCCUUGCAAUUAAACAUGGGCAAGCUAAACCUUGGUUGGGAGAUGCUUGUGUCAACUAGUAAUUCACUGGCGUUAGAAAAGCUAUUGAGUCUAAAUAAGAGUCAAAAUUCAUCGUCUGACAGCGUCACAACUAUAAAGCAAGAAGCAAUUACAGUAGAUACUUCAUUCACAAGAGAAAGGGAGACAUGCUUACAGAAUAUUGUUGAAUUGGUUGUUCCUUUGAAAUGUUACUUGACAACGAGAGGUAAUGCACUUGUCGAUUAUCUUUCUUCAUUGGCUCACAUUUCGAGAUCAGAAACUUCCCGGGUGGCCGAAGCUUCCGCUAAAUCAAAGCGAAGGGUUCGGAUUGUCAAGAAUUAUUUAAGCAGCAGUGCCUUAGACUUGUCGCAAGAUGAUAUCUUAACGCUUAAUGAGUACAAUUCUUUUGGAAGGGAUUCCUCCAAAUCGAUGCAUGAAGCUCCCAAUUCUAGAUAGGUUAGAAAAAAUCUUGUUGAUAGAGCAAAUAGAAGUAGUUAUUUUUGUGUUCUAAUAACUGGCUAUUGUAGAUAAGUAGAAUAACUUUGAUCUUUAUAUUGAUCCUUCAUUUCGAAUUUCUAUACGAGGGCUUUUGAAUUUAAA